AUGGAUACCUCGUCAAUAUCCUCCGUCUCCGACCUCUCCGAUCCACCCUCUUCCGACCCGCCCUCCUCUCCAUUGUCCGUACUCUCCAAAUCGCCGAGUGUCUCACCACGCGCAUCCCUCUCCCUUGACCCAACACGACUUCCCUCGCCGCCGUCUUCGACAAUACACUCAGGAAGCGCGUCGCCGAUGAAGCCCUCCGACAUGCCCGAACUGGAGAUCCACGUCAAUCCGGAUGGCGCUCCCCCAGCCAAGCGACGUCGCAUCGAGCGCAAGCCUCGCACCACCGAGCACCUGGACUUGAGAGCAGCCUCCGAACAGAGUGAGAAGGAUGAGGAGCUGCUGGACCGCCUGACGUCAGUUCUCCGCAAGAAGAAGAAGAUCGUAAUCAUUGCUGGCGCCGGAAUCUCCGUCUCUGCAGGAAUCCCCGACUUCCGAUCAUCGACAGGCUUGUUUGCUACUCUACCCAAAGACCACAAACUUAAGGGCUCUGGCAAGGACCUUUUCGACGCCUCUGUCUACAAGCACAACUCCACCACCUCGUCCUUCCACGACAUGGUCCGUGACCUGUCCAAACUUGCUCGGAAUGCCCAGCCUACCCCCUUCCACCACCUGAUUGCCUCACUUGCUAAAGAGGGUCGCCUCCUACGACUCUACACACAGAAUGUGGACGGACUCGACACAUCCAUGAAACCGCUAGAGACCGACGUUCCCCUGCGCCCCAAAGGCCCCUGGCCCAAGACCAUCCAGCUGCAUGGUGGCCUGGAGAAGAUGGUAUGCUCCAAGUGCAGCGAUAUCAGUGAAUUUGACCCCGCCCUCUUCGAAGGACCCGAGGCACCUCUUUGCAAGGGCUGCGAAGUGACGGACAAUGUGCGAACGUCCCAUGCCGGCAAGCGGAGUCAUGGCAUUGGAAGACUGAGACCCAGAAUGGUCUUGUAUAACGAGUACAACCCUGACCAAGAAUCCAUCGCCAACGUCGUCAAGGCGGACCGUCGCGCUAAACCCGAUGCCGUUAUUGUCGUCGGCACCAGCAUGAAGAUUCCUGGUGUGCGAGCUAUUGUGCAAGACAUGUGCCAGGUGACAAGGGAAAAGCGAGAUGGCAUCACAGCUUGGAUCAAUCUGGAUCCGGCGCCCACUGGCAGUGAUUUGAAGGACUGCUGGGACCUGGUGGUGCGAGGGAAGUGUGACGACGUUGCCUCUCUUGUGCAUCUACCUCGCUUCUAUGAGAGCAUAGAGCAGGGAGUGGAGACUUUGGUGGACCCCGAGAAGUAUGAGAAAGACGUUUGCGGUGUUAAACUGGAGGUCGAGAUUCGGAAGACCACGCCUGAAUCCAGCGUCUCGGGCAAGGAGGGAUCACGUGACAGCACGCCGACCGAAGAAGCCAAGCCGCAGUCGAUCGAGAAGGUACAGGGCAUUCCGACACCUACUGCUAGUCCCAAGAUCCGGACAGCUCUGCCGACGAAACAGCCACCCAAGUCCAAGCAAAGUCAACUUUCAUUCGCCUCCAAGCCCGCCAAGGCUGCCGCUGCUGUUGCUACAGCUGUGAAGACUCGAGUAGUGAAAGACGCCAAGAAGCCGACUCAGCGAAAGACGAAGAAGCAGCCGAAGAAGGCCGAGCAGAAGCCCAGUGCUACUAUCAAUGCGACUUUCAAGGCCACCAAGGCCACCAAAGCCAAUGUCACUAUCAAGUCGAAAGUGCCCCUGAAGCGCGAAUUUGAGCCUGAAAUCUCACCCCUUGAGCUCGAUCCCAGACGUAGUGUCUUAAUCAGCGACUUCUCGCUGCGGCCUCGGGGGCCUAAGCAGCCUCGUGACUCCUAUGAAGCACAGAAGGCUGUCGACUCCCAGAUCCGGCAGGAUAUGGUCUCCGCCAGACCUAUGACCCCAGCGGGUCAAAGCGACCGGCCAUCCUCAAGUGAUACAGUUUCACCUCCAUCAAAACCACGAGGCAUCGAGUUCAUGAUCGAUUAG